UAACGCCCGUGUUUUCUCCCCUGGCUGUUCACUCGUCGACACAUAAAAGUUAGCUAAUGUUUACAUUUUCAGCUCGCGGUUGUAAGGUGGCGUUGGUGUGAUAUGUGUGACUGAUGCAUGAUUUUGUGUUACACAAUUGAAUUCUUCAAACCACUAGGACAGACCUGAUGCAGUAGACGACAUGUACAAAAAAUACAAAAAAUCCUUGAGCGACAGCUCCUCAAAGAUCCGGGGAGUUUUGGCUUUCACACAGCGCUCAAACUCAAAGCAGACCAGGCCUACAGGUAAUGAGCACGAUAACACGCAAGAUGACGAAGAAGAAGACGAAGAGGUGACUGUCGAAUUUUUGAAGACGGAGCUACAAGUGCUGGGCCUGGACGAAGAGGAUUCGGAGGAGUGUGUCAAGCUGAUGGAACAGCAGCCAGAGCUCAACACAUUCUUCAGAAGCGCCAUCUACACCUGCAAGGGCAAAACAAGCGCAACUUUUUCUGAGUUGUCCACCCAUUUUCGGAAGUUAUGCCGCGUCAAAAAUAUUUCAGAUUCCCAAAAGGAACAAAUCGCCAAGUUUUUGGUGCUGGUGUCAUUCUGCAGUAAAAGUCUGAAGGCGUACAAGAACACGCUGAAAGUAUUGGGGAUGGAGCAUCUGGUGGAGAGAGUCAGCACGGAGGAAAAUGAUAAUGUUGCGGCACAGGAUGAAGAGUACGAAUAUUACGAUGAAGAUCUAGAUGAGUGGCUUGCUGAUGAUGGUGGGGCAAAUACUGAAGGUCAAGGACAAGAAGAAGAAAACACUGAAGGUCAAGGAGAAGAAGAGGAAAACGCCGAAGGAGAGAACGAAGUCCCGGAAGUGUCCGCGGAAGAAGAAGGCCAAAACUACGGGUAUGAGGAAAACGAUGACCUGGAGGAGCCUACUGAGGAGGGAGGAGAGAUUGAUGAGUACUAUGAGCAAGUUUACGGUGAUGGCACCGAGGAAACCAACGAUGGUGAGGAAGGUUCAUACGACGAAGGGCAGGAUGAAAACGAAGAGUACUAUGAAGCGGAAGAGGAAGAUCAAGUGGAUGCGGUUGUGUACGACGACGACGAUGAUCAAAGCGAGGAAACUUGCUUGGAUAUCGUUCGCAGCAUUAGGAAUGUGUGGAGAAUAUAUUCCGUGUUCGCUCCCUUUGCUGGGAAACUGGCAACCGAUGGGAUAUUGAGGGAACUUGUCCAGGACUUAAAAUCUAGAACGGAAACAGGAAGUGACCCCAAGUCCAGUGUUCUGAUUGAGACCAUCAUCAUAAUGUUCAACAUCGCAAAAGAGCCAACAACUAAAAAGUUGUUCAGUAAAUACAAAGUGGUUGAUCUUUUGGAGAAAGCCAUGGGUUUAGUGGGAGACGGCUACAAGUUCAUGGUGGCCUUGACAUUGGCAUUGACCAUCGACGACAACCAAGCGGCCUUGGUGUCCCUGGGUGACCAAAUCAUCGACGACAUUUUGGACAUCACCAGGAGGGCGUGGGACAAGAAGAAGAAAACUUACCUGGGCUGGAGUUUAGAAGAAAUGCUUCCAGCUUUGUGCGGGCUCAGCAAGAACGACAAGCGCAAAAAACUGUUGGCAGAGAAAGGAAUUUUACCUCUACUGCUGGAGAUUUUACGGGGAGGAACUGACCCGCAGAAAGAAGAGGCUAUUAAGAUUCUAUGGGAGCUUUCAUUCCACCCGGAGAACAAAACCAAAAUAAAAGAAAUGAAACAAAUGACACCCAUUUUGGACAAUCUGUCUAAGCACAAGAACAAGGAAAUAGAAAUAGCGGCUAAAGGUGUCUUGUGGGAGAUUAAAGAAACGUCCAUCAGGGCCAGCUCAGCUGUACCGGGCGCCAGGAGUCAGCCAGAAGGUCACAUCAUGAUCAGCUACUGCUGGGCACAGAAAGAGACAGUGUUCAAGAUUCGAGACGAACUUCAAAAAGCUGGUCAUAAACUUUGGAUAGACGUGGAGAAUAUGGAGGGCUCGACACUGCAGGCGAUGGCCGAGGCAAUAGAGGACGCUAAGCUGGUGCUCAUGUGUUACUCGGAGAACUACUUCAACAGCCGGAACUGUCGCGCAGAGGCUGAAUACAUGUACAAAGAAAACAAACCGAUCAUUCCUUUACUGAUGCAACAAGGAUACUCCGCGAAGAAAUGGUUGGGCAUUAUUCUCGGCUCUCGCUUGUAUAUAGACUUCUCAGGGAAACAUCCAUUUGAUGCCAAGAUGAAAGAACUCAAGUCUCAGAUAGCCAACCAACUAAAACACUAAUCUAAAGCUCAGAGGACCAAUGUAAACAUUCUUUUAACCAGCGUGUGUUUUGCUGUUUGUAGCCAGAGCUACAAAUCUUGACGCUUUUUUAAAUAUUGUGGUUUAUUUUGGCUGAUUUCUAACUACAUGUGCUCUAAUAAUGCGAGAUUUGUGUACACUUGUUUAAUCUUGUGUUCUCAUGCUUAUAUCUUGUGUACACGUGUUUUGAUCAAAAUUUGAUCUUUUAAACACUUGCUUUUAGAUCUAACCUUGUUUA